AUGAUAAUCGACAAUGUCGAAGCUUUGAAAACCUGGUUGACCAAAACUUUAUCGCCGAUAUGUGAUGCAGAUCCUGCUGCUUUAGCCAAAUAUGUUGUUGCCUUGGUGAAAAAAGAUAAACCAGAAAAUGAGCUGAAUGAUAACCUAAUUGAUCAACUUGAUGUUUUCCUUCAACAGCGUACACGCUCUUUUGUCAGUGGACUAGUAACCACGGUCCAGCCUCUGCUCCACAACCACCUCCAAAAGCUGAUCGCAAACGAAAAAUUGUUGAUGGUUCUGAUGCAGGUCCGAGUGAAGAAGAAAAAGAUUAUCGCAAAAAGCGUUCUCGAAGUACAAGCCCCAAAGGAGGCAGAUCGAGUGAUGACCGUAGAAGACGCCAUGAAGACCGUAGAUUUAACAGACGACGUAGCAGAGAUCGGUCAAGAUCCAGAAGUCCCAGAGGAAAGUCCCGGCGAACGGGCACUGGCCCCCACGAGGGAUGCUUGCUCGUGGAUCGGUGAACCAUCAAGGAGUCCAGCCAUAAGAACAUUCAGUGGUCGAUCACGUUCAAGAUCCUGGUCCCCUCAGCGUUCACGAUCCCGCUCUCGAUCAAGAGGGCGGAAAGAUGUUGACAGUUGUGGAUCAACCCCUCUGCAAGAUUCCGAUAGCUAUAAUGUGGCUGCUGCAUCAGUGGCCCAAGUUCCUCCAGGUUGUUCUAGUCCCGUCCCAACAGUUAGCAAUGCAAUAUCUGUUGUGUCUCCCUGGGAUGCUAACAGAAACCCUGCUCCUGUGCCUGCCACUGCUGCUGCUGCUGCUGAUGCCACUCCUCGUACAACAGCUCCAUCUGGCACUGGAUCAAAUCGUCCACGGUGCAGAGAUUAUGAUGAAAAGGGUUAUUGUAUGCGUGGUGACCUCUGCCCUUAUGAUCAUGGUUUAGAUCCAGUGAUAGUUGAAGAUGUCAAUUUACCAAAUGUUCUAUCCUUCCCUCAUGGUCAUGGUCCACCAACUGGUCCUGGUGGCCCAGGAUUUGUUGGACCCAGAAUUCCUCCACCUAAUCAUCCUCACUUAUCACAAAUGGGGCCUCGAGGACCACCUCCUCGACCUUCUAGGCCAGUGGAACCGUACCCCCCAGAAGGUUACAACCCAGAGGCUCCUGCUAUUAACCCUCCUAGGCCACCUUUCUGGGUUGGGCCUAGAGGACCUCCUCGUCCAAAUCAACCCUUCUACCCACAACCUCCAAGGCAGAGGGAUCUUGUCAAUGUGCCAACCAUUCCCGAUGUCUUGAAGCCUCCAAACAUUGAAGACAAGCAAGAUGACAAUGUGACAUGUGAAACUAACCGAACUGUGAUCCCACCAAAAAGGGAUUAUGUUCCUACUAAUGAUCUCCACAAACAACAAAAUCAGCAGCAUCAUUACCCCACAAGAUCACAACAACACCAAAAUUUUCAACCUAAUUACCAGUCUGGCCAUGGAAGACCUGUUCCUCGGCAUCUUAAUACAACUCUGGAAGUUCGUAAAAUACCAAGAGACCAAAACAAUAUUGCAAAAUUAAAUGAGCAUUUUGGAAAAUUUGGUGUUUUGAAGAAUAUUCAAGUAUCAUUUGAAAAUGAUCCUGAAGCAGCCUUGAUUACCUUUGCUAAUCAUAGCCAAGCCAACACAGCAUACAGGAGCAGUGAACCAGUAUUUAAUAACAGAUUUAUUAAAGUGUUUUGGCAUCGAGAGAAAUUACCAGAUCAGAACCCUCCAAAUACUUCCUCUAGUUCUGUAACCCGAACAACUUCUGUUACUCCUCAAACUGAUCAUCGAAUGCCAGUCAAAGCCAGACUGGGUAUUCCUGCCCCUAAUUUGCUCAGUUUGGAUAACACAGUACCAAAGAAAACAGAAACUGCUGAAAAGGCAAUUGUGUUUACUACAUCGAUGGGGCACCUGACCAAAACAGUAUUCAAUCCUGCAGCCAUGAAAUCUAAAGUCAACACUCUAACUACAUCAUCAUCAUCAACCACUUCUACAACCAAAAUCAUUUCUACAGACAAUACUAGUUUUACAAAGACAGAUUUAGCUACUUCAAAAAAGACAAUUCCCAAAAAGGACAGCAUUCUGAAGAAAGUGCAAAAACAAAGACAUGAACUUUUGACCAGUUAUCUUCAACAGCAAAAAAUAUUGAUAAAGAAAUAUGAGGAUAAAAGCAGUCCUCCUGAAACAAAAUUCAAAAUUAAAGAGCAAAUUGACAAUCUUACUACUGUGAUAAAGAAACUUCAAGAGGAAAUUACCCCAAAGAAGUCUUCUGAGAUGUUCAAAGCUAAAUCUUCAGCUGUUACUGCUGCUGCUGUUACUGCCGCACCUACUGCUAAUAGUCAGAAAACCCAAAAGGAGAUCUUGGACACUGAAUUGGAAUUGAUUUCUAAGCAGAAAAGUGGGGAAGACACCACAGAAUUGCGUAAAAAAUUAAUAGAACUGACCCAGGAGGCUGCUGCUCUUGGCUUGUUACCUCGAGGUCGAGGAGGUCGAGGCAUUAUUAGAGGUGGAAUGAGAAUGCGUGGGAAUUCUUGGGCACGAGGAGGACGUGGCCUCAAAAUGAUCACAUUCAGUCGAUCUCUGGAUAACCGACCCAAACAAAUUCAUGUAUCUGGCUUCGAGUCAGAUCAAUAUAAAAACAUUAUAGCACACUUUUCUUUAUUCUGUGAAGUCAUUAAAUCGGAGCCUGAUGCAACAGAGACCAGUGUCAUACUUACAUUCAAGAGCCGGCAAGAUGCUGAGAAGGCUGUCACAAAAUGUAAACGAUACAAAGACAAAGAUCUGAAAAUUCAGUGGUAUAUUCCAGGUUCCACUAUUACAACUGACUCAAGCUCUUUAGAUCUUGAAGAAACAGAAGUGCUGCCUCACUCACCAUCUUACUUGACUGACUUGGAUGAUUCCUUGUUGGCUGCUGAUGAUGAAGAUGAAGAGGAUGAAGAAAGUCCUAUACCCCAAAUCCAGCAGGUAUCUCCAUGGUGCUUUGGUGAAUUUCCCUUUGUGGAAUUGGCGAUGUUGCUGCUUCACCUGUCCUUUAAGUGGACUGUACAGGGUGAACAUAUUACCCAGGUUUAA